AGACGGGCGGGAGCCACGGCCCCGCUCGCUGCCCAUUGUCUGUGCCCCUGACCGGUGCCACAGUGCGGCCCGGCGGGGCAGCCUCCUAUCGUCACUUCAGCCACCGCCGCAACUAUAAGAGGCGGUGCCGCCCGCCGGUGGCUGCCUCAGCCCACCAGCUGGGACCGCGAGCCAUGCUGCCCGCCGCCCGCCCCCAGGGCUGUUAGAGCCAGACUGCGAACUCUCACCACUGCCGCCACCGCCGCAUCCCGUCCCACCGUCGCGGGCAGCAGCCAAAGCCGCCCCAACUGCAACACAGAGUGGGCAAGGCCAGGCAGGCCAUGGGGCACUGGGCGCUGCUGCCCGGCUGGGUUUCUGCUACGUUGUUGCUGGCGCUGGCCGCUCUGCCUGCAGCUCUGGCCGCCAACAGCAGUGGCCGAUGGUGGGGCAUCGUGAAUGUAGCCUCCUCCACGAACCUACUAACAGACUCCAAGAGUCUGCAACUGGUGCUGGAGCCCAGUCUGCAGCUGCUGAGCCGCAAACAACGUCGGCUGAUCCGCCAGAACCCGGGGAUCCUGCACAGUGUGAGUGGGGGACUGCAGAGCGCUGUGCGAGAGUGCAAGUGGCAGUUCCGGAACCGCCGCUGGAACUGCCCCACGGCUUCGGGGCCCCACCUCUUCGGCAAGAUCGUCAACCGAGGCUGUCGGGAAACAGCUUUUAUCUUCGCCAUCACCUCCGCCGGUGUUACCCAUUCCGUGGCUCGCUCCUGCUCCGAGGGCUCCAUCGAGUCCUGCACGUGCGACUAUCGCCGGCGAGGCCCUGGGGGUCCCGAUUGGCACUGGGGAGGCUGCAGCGACAACAUUGACUUCGGCCGCCUCUUCGGCCGGGAGUUUGUGGAUUCCGGGGAGAAGGGGCGGGACCUGCGCUUCCUCAUGAACCUUCACAACAACGAGGCGGGCCGAACGACUGUGUUCUCCGAAAUGCGCCAGGAGUGCAAGUGCCACGGGAUGUCGGGCUCGUGCACGGUGCGCACGUGCUGGAUGCGGCUGCCCACGCUGCGCGCCGUGGGUGACGUGCUGCGCGACCGCUUCGACGGCGCCUCGCGCGUGCUCUACGGAAACCGCGGCAGCAACCGCGCCUCUCGGGCGGAACUGCUCCGCCUAGAGCCGGAAGACCCCGCUCACAAGCCGCCUUCACCCCACGACCUCGUCUACUUCGAGAAAUCGCCCAACUUCUGCACAUACAGCGGACGCCUGGGUACAGCGGGCACGGCGGGGCGCGCCUGCAACAGCUCGUCGCCGGCGCUGGACGGCUGUGAGCUGCUCUGCUGUGGCCGGGGCCACCGCACACGGACGCAGCGCGUCACUGAGCGCUGCAACUGCACCUUCCACUGGUGCUGCCACGUCAGCUGCCGCAACUGCACGCACACGCGCGUCCUGCACGAGUGUCUGUGAGGCGCUGCGCGGACUCGCCCCAGGAGCAUUCUCCUCAAGCCCACCCCACCCCCAGGCAGAUUCGCUGGCCCCUAAGACCCUGAUAUGCGCCUACCCAGUCUGUCCAGCCACGCUCCCCGGGAUUCAUACGUAUCUGAUCGCUUCUCCCACCUCCUCCUACCUGGGGACUCCUGAAACCACUUGCCUGGGGCGGCAGGAACCCUCUUGCCAUCCUGAUGGACCUGCCCCGACCUACCUCCCUCCCUCUCCGCGGGAGACCCCGUUGCACUGCCCCCUGCUUGGCCAGGAGGUGAGAGAAGGAUUCGUCCCCUCCCCUUGGCGGGUCAGCUCCAGACGGUGUUGCUUUGCCUCUGACACCCCGCCAUCGACCUCCCUGACUCUCUCCCUCCCCUUUUAACUCAGUUUUCUCCAGGUCCCCACAGACCCCUACCGAGGGUGCAGACCCUGAACACACAUCUGGGCAUCAGGGCCUUUCUCCCCACCUACAGCUGAAGCGGGAAGUGCCAAGGUGAAAGGGCAGCUGCAGCUGUGGUGAUGUGGAAAAUGAGGUUGGGGGACCCAGCAGAAAUACCCUCCAUUCUCCCAGCCUGUGUCGUGGAGCCAUUGAACAACUGUGAGCCAUGCCUCCCUUGGCCACCUCCUACCCUUUCCUGUCCUGCCUCCUCAUCAGUGUGUAAAUAAUUUGCACUGAAACGUGGAUACAAAGCCACGAGUUUGGUUGUUGUAAAUAAAACUAUUUAUUGUGCUGGGUUCCAGCCUGGUUUGCAGAGACUACUUCCAUCCUAACCCAGUCCCUUUCCAUUUUUCUCUUUUUUUUUUUUUUUGCCCUCCAACCUUUUCUGAUCCUUCUCCUCUCCCCAAAUUUUUCAAAGAUGCCUUUGACUACCGGAAUCAGUAUUUCCUUCCACUGUAGCUAUUAGUGGCUCCUCGCCCCCACCAAUGUAGUAUCUUCCUCUGCAGAAUAAAAAUCUCUAUUUUUAUCAAUG